AUGCCUAUUCUCCCUCUUAGUGCUCCAUCUGCUAAGUCGCCCUUCUUCCUCGAUGCAGCCCGGCAUUCCAUCGCUUCGAUGGCGAACACCGACACCGACGCAUUGUUUCCCCGCUUCCGUCUGUGGUUGCUCAGAGCAGCGGGCUUUCUGUGCAUCAGUCAGUAUCUCGACAUCGAGGCCGUCGUGGAUGAUGAUGGGGAGACUGAGGUGAUGGAGGAAGACGAUCAGCCUUUGUCAGAUUUCAUCGAAGAUGGUAGUGUACACUCGGAAGACGAGUCUUCAUCUGUUCGGGCCAGAAGCCCAUCCGACCACGAAGAAGGGGUUCUUGAGAAGGAAAUCGCACGUUAUUGCGUGAUGCAUUCGAGGGCUCCUCGAGCCUUUCCGACGGACCUCGAUGCAUUGGAGUCUGUUCGGGCCCCUGAGCUGACGGAUCCUGCAUUGUGGAUGGUGAAGACCAGGCCGAACUGUGCUCUUCGAGCAUUCUGUCUCAUCUUUGGCGCAUUGGCCCCCACAGCGGCAUCUAUAACGCAGUCUGCGGGUCCAUCUGAUCCUAUAACGCAGUCUGCGG